GGAUCUCUGUUUGUAAUGAAUAUUAAAGUUUGAAAGGUUUAGCAAAUUAUUGAUCACUUGUUUGUCUCAUUUGUGGCAUUCAUUGCCCAUUAUAUCACUAAUCAAUGUAUUCUUCCAAUGAUAAUAAGAAACACAAGAGAUAUGAGAAGAUUGAGUUCUUAGGAGAGGGACAGUUUGCCACCGUUUAUAAGGCCAGAGACAUCCAAACCGAUGCCAUCGUUGCCGUCAAAAAGAUCAAAUUGGGCACAAGAGCUGAGGCCAAGGAUGGUAUCAACAGAACUGCUUUGAGGGAAAUAAAACUUCUUCAGGAGUUGUCUCAUGAGAAUGUGAUUGGACUGUUGGAUGUGUUCGGCCAUCGAUCCAAUGUUUCACUUGUGUUCGAUUUUAUGGAAACAGAUCUCGAAGUGAUAAUCAAAGACACAAAUAUAGUGUUAACUCCGGCGCACAUAAAGUCAUACAUUUUGAUGACAUUAGAAGGACUAGAGUUUCUUCACUUGAAUUGGAUUCUCCAUCGAGAUUUGAAACCAAAUAAUUUACUCAUUGAUGGAAAUGGAGUCUUGAAAAUAGGAGAUUUUGGAUUAGCCAAGGCUUUCGGAUCUCCAAACAGACAGUACACGCAUCAAGUGGUCACUCGAUGGUAUAGGGCUCCAGAACUGCUGUAUGGCUCCAGAAUGUAUGGCACAGGAGUUGACAUAUGGGCCGUGGGCUGUAUAUUAGCGGAACUAUUACUGCGAACACCAUUCCUGCCCGGAAUGAGUGAUUUGGACCAAUUGAGCAAAAUAAUGACCGCUUUGGGAACGCCUACUAAAACCUCGUGGCCGGAUGUCACUGAAUUACCCGAUUAUGUGGUCUUCAACUAUCAACCGGGAACUCCUCUCAGAGAGAUCUUCAUUGCAGUCAAAGACGAUUUAAUAGAUUUAUUGUCACUAAUGUUAGCAUUGAAUCCAUUGAAACGAUGCACUUGUGGACAGGGCUUACAAAUGCCAUAUUUCAGUAACAGUCCCGCGCCUACUCCCAGCACACAAUUACCUCGACCUCAAGCAAACGCCAACACAUUUGACCCGGAGAUGUAUAAACCGUCUAAUAAGCGGUCUCUUAAUGGCGAGAAAAUGGCGCCAAUGGCUAAACGUCUCCAUUUCGACAGCUCUGAUGUUUAGCUGAUUUUAUUGUAAUUAAAAAUUAUUUCAUACUUUUAUAGCUAAUAAAUAAAUUAUUGAUUUUAAAUUACUUCUUAUAUGGCGC